AUGGAUAGUGCAACGUACUGUUCCGUUCGGUCAAACGGAAUUUCACACUGUGUGUUUUCUUUCGAGAGCGCCUUGAGGCGUAGCGAAUGCUUCAUGAAAGUACGAGAGCUGUCCUACUGGCGCAUGUGGUGUGGUUGGCGCCUUGCCAGAACGUUUGCAACCGGCGUCGUGUCUUUCCCAGAUAUGGACGGACUUACCGCGCAUUAUCUACGAGGGGUAACCCAACUGUGGAAAAGGUGUGACCAAGUACGAGAAAGUAGAAGAAACGAAAGAAAAACAAAAAGUAAAAAAAGAAAGAAAGAAAAGAAUUCAAAGAACAUAUUGACAGUCACCUCGUCAUUGCCAAGUGCAGCCGCCACCCUCCCACAACAAAUGGCUUUCGUAGGCCAGCCGUGUGCCCGGAAUUGCGCAAACAUGACUAGAAAUAUUUCUGCGCCUCAGGAGUUCCGGCAUAGCACAUUUUCAAGUGAAAGCACCAAGGCUUCUGCCGAGAAUACUCGGAACUAA